AUGUCAAAGAUUGAAGAGAUCGACCCGCGUGUUAAAGCAUACCUAUACGAUAUUGGCUAUCACAGAUGGUCUCCGGUACAUGCUACACUUAAUGGAACGUGGACGAUAACAUCAAACAUUGCAGAGUCAUUGAAUGCUGUAACAAAAGAUGCAAGAGAGAUGCCCGUGAGGGCUUCCACAGAACACAUCCAUACAGUGAUAGAUGGUGUGAAGCGCUUUAUUGUUUGCCUUCAAAAUAAGAGAUGUAGUUGUGGACAGUUCCAACUUGACGAACUUCCUUGUCCACAUGCUUUGGCGGCCUUGAGGCACAGGGAUGAGUCUUAUGAAAACUAUUGUUCUCCUUAUAACACGAGGGAGAGUCUUUCGAAGACUUAUGAAAUAGCAGUAGACCCGCUGCCUGACGAAAGCAAAUGGAAUGUGCCACAACAUGUAGCUGAAGAAGUUGUAAAGCCACCAACAGGGAAAAGACAACCAGGGAGACCUCAGAAACAAAGAUACAAACCAUAUGAUGAAGUAAAAGCAAAGAUGUACAAGGUUUCAUGUGAAAACUGCAGGCUAGAAGAGCAUAACAAAAGAUCUUGUAAGAAUGCUCCCAAAACCAAAUAA